AGGAACGGCGUUGUAAAUGUAUUGGCCUGGGAGAUGUACAUUUCAAUGCAAUUUAGACUGUCUGGCAACGCUAUCAAUAUUCUAUCCGUCGUGGUUGCAUCACAGCUCCUAUCCACAAAAAGUAAAUAAAAUGGCCUUUUGGAAAUCAUUGGGACUUCCCGUUGUGCGGGCGGAUGACGAAGAAGCUGAACUUGUUGACCCACAAGCUGCUCUUAGGGAUUCCUGUCAAACUAAAGGACAUAUCGAAUCCUUGUACAACAAGUACCAGGAGUGCAAUGACCGUGUCAACAGUCGUACAAAAACAACAGAGACAUGCGUGGAGGAACUGUUCGACUAUGUCGCUGAGUUGGAUCAUUGUGUAGCCCACAGUCUUUUCAGCAAGCUCAAGUAGAUGGACAAUAUGAAGUACAUACAAUCUUAUGUAUUAGUCACCUUUGAGUAAAAUUGUUGAAGAUUUUGGUUAAUGAAAA